AUGACCAGCGGUCGCAGGCUCCUUGCUUCGCUCCUCCUCGGCACCACCUCCCUAUGGCUUCCAUCAGCGCUUGCGGACAGCACCACUUGCGUGAGCACCGAGUUGGAUUGGUACACGGAUCAUGUCGGAGAGACUCCCUGCACGACGUACCAGCGACUACGCCAAAUAUGCAACAUUGAUUACCAGGUCGAGAAAUUCAACACCAACACGCCUGGAGACACCUGCAAUGACCAACUGGAUGCUGCUGUAAUUCGGUCUCCGGAUGCCACUAGUUGCCAGUAUGACGCGGUGGGCCAGACGAGCGGAAUCGAUGCUGGUAUCGGGGCCUACGGGGUGUACCUAGGGAGUUGCGCCAGCCAGGCGGUGAACCAGUCGCUUCCAACCGACAUUCAGAGUGCGGUUUGCAAUAAGGAGAUCAAGAUUGAUCGCAAUCUCUACUCGCUCUUUUGGGUCGACGGCCCGUGGUUUUAUGCUUUCACGAAGGGUACCAUGACGAAGGACUUCGCGGCGUCGAACAACAACACGUUCACGAAAUGCGCGUCCACCACGAACAACGGCACGACUUCUUCUUCUUCCACCGAGUCCUCCACCGAGUCCUCCACCUCCUCCACCUCCUCCACCGCCACUUCCGCGAACCCGUCGGGAACAUCUGCCUCCAGCACCUCUCCCAAAUCAAGCACGCAUCAGAAGCGAGCAGCAGGCCCGCGCCCACUCGACCUCGGACACGAGUACGAGGACGGCCACGAGGACCCACCCAUGAGUGUUGUGACCCCCUUCUCCAGCACACUGCACCCAGUACGUCUCCUGAUCUUGCUCGUCGAACCCGAGUUUGCAUUACCCCGCAUAGCCCGUGCUGACAGCAUGUCUCUAGGUUCGAGAGGCGUGCCGGGCCCGGCGUUCGCGGACGACGCCGCCGCCGCACAGAGCCCGUCGCACUACCUCCAGUCCGUCUACGCCCCCACCGACGGCUCUGGGUAUGACGAGGAGCGCCAUGUUGAUGCCUCGGUCGCGCUCGCCCGCUCGGGUUCCGGACGGCUGCCACCGGCGUACCGCUCAUGGGAGGAGCCCCAGCGUCGCUGUCCGUGGGCGCACUGA